AUGCCGCCGAAUGCAAAAGAUUCCGUUCAACCACGACAACUAACAUCAACUAAUCAAGAUGAAUUAUCAUCUGUAUUCAAUCGUUAUGCCCAUCACGAACAUCUUGGCCAACGUUAUAUGACCCCAAAUGAAUUCUUACAAGAUUAUCUCGGAUACUUAAAAGGAGAUAAUAUUGAUCCAACAACAUUGAAUAUUCUUGCCUCGUUGGUAGACUUAAAUAAGGAUCAAAAGAUUACUAUAACGGAAUUUGCUAAUUUCGAAUCGUUACUAACUGCAUCCGAUUCGUUGUAUCGUAUUGCUUUUCAGCUAUUCGAUCGACACGGGCAAGGUUUUAUUACCUUCGAUGAUUUUCAAUAUGUCGUCACUGCAACUAAACAAUUCAAAGAAUUUCCUUUCAAUUUCGAUUCUGAAUUUGUCCGAAUGCAUUUCGGCGUCAAUCGUCAACGACAUAUAACUUAUAAAGAAUUCACUCAAAUUCUUCUUGAUUUCAUCGACGAACAAACUACUCAGAUCUUUCGUAAAUUCGAUAAAGCGAAUGUUGGCUACAUAUCGUUGAAGAAUUUCGAACUGAUAUUAAAGGAACUACGACAAUAUCAACUAUCAGAAUUCAUCUCUACAAACUUAGUUGAUGUCGUUCGAUUAUCCACAUCAACAGCAUUACCAAAUCAAAUAUCCUAUCCAUACUUUACAGCUUUCUUACAAUUGUUAUCCAACGUUGAAUCGAUGAGAAAAAUCUACCUUUCAAUAUGUGAAAAAAAAGCACAUACAUACAAAUCGUCAGUGAUUACCAAAGAUGAAUUUCUUACAGAAGCUCAACAUUUUCCACGAACCACACCUAUACAAAUCGAUAUUUUAUUUGCUGUUACACGUUUAUUGCACCAGAAAGCUAGCGGAAAAGAUGUUUCGACUGAAUAUGUUGAACUACAUGACUUUGAUGUUAUAUCUGCUAAUGAACAUCUUUUGCCUUAUCGUCUACGAUCAGAAAUUGUCGACGAGCACUAUAAAGUUGAACAUCAAUCUGUUCUCAUGAAAAUUUUAGAGAGUGGCUAUCGAUUUGGACUGGGUAGUAUCGCUGGCGCUGUCGGUGCUACAGCUGUCUAUCCUAUUGAUCUUGUUAAAACUCGUAUGCAAAAUCAACGCAGCACGAGUAUUGUCGGUGAACGUUUAUAUCGAAACUCGAUAGAUUGCUUUAAAAAAGUUGUUCGUCACGAAGGUAUCUUUGGUUUAUAUCGAGGUUUAAUUCCACAAUUGGUUGGUGUUGCACCGGAAAAAGCUAUCAAAUUAACUGUAAAUGAUUUUAUUCGUGAUAGAUUAACUCUUGCCGAUGGAAGUAUACCUCUCUGGGCUGAAAUUGUUGCUGGUGGUUGUGCCGGUGCUUCACAAGUUACGUUCACUAAUCCAUUGGAAAUUGUGAAAAUUCGUUUACAAGUUGCUGGUGAACUCCAAUCAGUUCGUCGUCCAGCUGCAAGUGAAGUCGUACGUGAGCUUGGCUUACGUGGCUUAUACAAAGGUGCUCGUGCUUGUUUUCUUCGUGAUAUUCCAUUCUCUGCAAUAUAUUUCCCGGCCUACGCGCAUAUGAAGAAACGCUCUGCUGAUGAACAUGGUUAUAACGAUCCGAAGAGUUUGUUCGUCUCUGGUCUUCUUGCUGGUAUACCAGCGGCCGGCCUUUGUACACCGGCUGAUGUUGUUAAGACUCGUUUACAAGUUCAAGCAAGAAAAGGACAAACGAAGUACAAUGGCUUGACCGAUGCGUUUAGAAAAAUCUACGCCGAAGAAGGAUGGACAGCAUUUUGGAAGGGUGCUGGUGCACGUAUGUUUCGUUCAUCGCCACAAUUUGGUUUCACUUUGUUAACAUAUGAAUUACUUCAACGUGCAUUAAAUAUUGAUUUUCAAGGACGAAAACUGGAAGGAUCACAACACGUUGAUCAAGAACAAUAUUCGCCUAAGUCACGUGCAUCGAUUAUACUAUCGACUAAUCCUGAUCAUGUCGGUGGAUUCCGUCUAGCACAGGCAACAUUUGAAGGUAUCGAAACACGUUUUGGUCUAGCUUUUCCCAAAUACAAGAAUCCAACGUCGUCGGAAGCUUCUCCAACUAUUCCUCCAUUAACUACGUUACUCGGUGUUAAUCCGUCACAAGCGAACUCAGCUCAUUAA